AUAGUUUGGCAUUCGGCAUAUGUAAAUGAUAAAGAUAAGUUGUUUACAUUGAAAAUGAGCAACCCAGAAAAUAUAGUUAAUUUUGUGACGACGAUUGCUAAAAUUGCGCAUAUAGUAAAUACGGCUAAUGAGUUGUACAAGAAGCUACCUGAAAGCAACAGACGGUUGAACAAGGAACUACAUGAAAGCAACAGACGGUUGAACAAGAAACUACAUGGAAGCAACAGUAGGAAGAAUAAGCGUCCGGUUAACUUUACACACCAAGCAGAAGUUUUCUUUGAAAUCGAUGCUAAGCAGCUAAAAGAAUACGAUGAAAAUUUUUUCAAAUCUACUACUAUGAAUGCUGCUAGCUUCAGUUUAUUAUUAUCACGAUUAAGAAAAGGAAUGAUGCGAUGGUCCAAAGGGAAGGCAGUUGCGCCCGAAAGGCGUUUGGCUAUAACAUUAAUGUUUUUGGCAGAAGGAUGUAAUUUUCGUGUUAUUUCACAGGCAUACAAUCUUGGACAUACAACAAUACGAAAAAUCAUAUAUGAAACAUGUGACGCUAUUUGGGAAGAAUUACAUUUUGACUAUUUGUCACCUCCAAACGUAAGCGAACUUAAAGACAUUGCAGAAAAGUUUUAUGCAAAGACUGGCAUGCCGAAUUGCAUGGGAGCUAUAAAUGCAAAGCACAUUCAUAUAUCAAGGCCAAAAGACGGUGGAUCUUUGUACUACAAUUUCAGAAAAAGUUUUAGCGUUGCCAUAAUGGCAGUGUGUGAUGCUGAUUACGUGUUCAGACAUGUAGACGUCGGGGCGGAAGGAAGCCGAAGUGAUGGAAUACUUGCGCGCAGUGCCUUUGGCAGAAAACUGCUGGAUGGCACUCUAGAAGUUCCACGUGACACAAACUUACCGGGUACAUCAACUAGCUUUCCGUAUUAUUACGUCGGGGACAGUUCGUAUCCACUGAAACCAAAUUUAAUGCGACCAUUUCCCGGCCGCAAUUUACCAGCAGAUAAAGAAAAAUAUAACAGAGCAUUUUCUAAGGCGCGAGAGCACAUAGAAAACGCUUACGGAAUUUUGGCAAAUCGCUGGAGAGUGCUCCAGACAACAAUACAUGCUAGCCCAAAUAAUACAGAGAAAAUUGUUUUAGCGACAAUAUUACUUCAUAACUUUUUAAUGUUACAAAAUGACACGGACUACUUCACACUUGAACUUGUAGACCACACAGUAGGCAAUCAAGAAAUAAACGGCCGUUGGCGAGAGGAUGCAAAUUUCCUUAAAACGUUUCAACUAGGAAUUUGUAAUCGCUCAUCGACACACUCAUUUCAGUUGCGUGAAAAACUAAAAGAAUUUAUUUCAAGUAAUGCUGUGUAAUAUUGAUAAUUUUCAUAUAAUAUUAUAUUUGU